CUGUGGGAGGGGUGGAGGGAGGGGGAGCUGCGUGUCCACAGCUCCGUGGAAACAGUCCAAGCUGCAGACAGACUGUCCCUCCUGCAGAGACAGGCUGUUGGAAAGUUUCGGAGAACUUCAGGCGGACUUUGUUUCCAUGCAGAACCGGGCAGCGGCUCAGAGGAGCGGCUGCAGCGUCCAGACAGAAGCCCCGCUGGGCUCCAGCUGCUGAGGGACCGACAGGUGGACCCCUGCUGUCCAGCUGCUGUCUGUCCAGCUGCUGUCUGUCCAGCUGCUGCAGCAGGAUGUCGGACUCUGCUUCCAGUUUCCUCCACAUCGGAGACAUCUUGUCUCUGUAUGCGGAGGGUUCAGUGAACGGCUUCAUCAGCACGCUGGGGUUGGUGGAUGACCGCUGCGUGGUGGAACCAGCUGCUGGGGAUUUGGAGAAUCCUCCCAAGAAGUUCAGAGACUGCCUGUUCAAGGUGUGUCCGAUGAGCCGCUACUCGGCCCAGAAGCAGUACUGGAAAGCCAAACAAGCCAAACAUGAGAAGGACAAGAUUGCUGACGUGGUUCUGCUUCAGAAGCUGCAGCACGCGUCCAACCUGGAGCAGAAGCAGAACGAGACGGAAAACAAGAAGGUCCACGGAGACGUGGUGAAGUACGGGACCGUCAUACAGCUGCUCCACAUGAAGAGCAACAAGUACCUGACGGUGAACAAACGGCUGCCGGCUCUGCUGGAGAAGAACGCCAUGAGGGUGACGCUGGACGGCACCGGGAACGAGGGCUCCUGGCUCUUCAUCCAGCCCUUCUGGAAGCUCCGAGCCAACGGAGACAACGUGGUGGUGGGCGAUAAAGUCAUCCUGAACCCGGUGAACGCCGGCCAGCCGCUGCACGCCUCCGACUAUGAACUGAGCGACCAUCCAGGAUGCAAAGAGGUGAACUCUGUGAACUGCAACACCAGCUGGAAGAUCAACCUGUUCAUGAUGUUCAGCGACCACAGAGAGGAGGUCCUGAAAGGAGGGGACGUCGUCCGUUUGUUCCACGCUGAGCAGGAAAAGUUUCUCACCUGCGACGAGUACAAAAGCAAGCUGCACGUGUUCCUGAGAACGACCCUGAGGCAGUCGGCCACGUCGGCCACAAGCUCCAACGCCCUCUGGGAGGUCGAGGUUGUCCAUCAUGACCCAUGCCGUGGGGGGGCGGGCCACUGGAACAGUCUCUACAGGUUCAAACACCUGGCUACAGGAAACUACCUGGCUGCAGAGGAGAAUCCCGGAUAUAAAGGUGACAACGCUGAGCUGUUGUCCUCUCAGAUGGACAUCAGUCGGAGCAGCAAGCGUCAUCUUGGGGAAAGGAUCAAGUACAAGCUGGUGGUGGUUCCUCAUGGAAACGACAUCGCCUCGCUGUUUGAGCUCGAUCCAACCACUCUGCAGAAGACAGACUCCUUCGUUCCACGAAACUCUUACGUUCGGCUCAGACAUCUCUGCACCAACACCUGGAUCCAGAGCACCAAUGUUCCCAUCGACAUAGACGAGGAGCGUCCCAUCAGACUCAUGCUGGGGACGUGUCCCACCAAAGAGGACAAGGAGGCCUUUGCCAUCGUCUCCGUCCCCGUUAUGGAGAUCCGGGAUCUGGACUUCGCCAACGAUGCCAGCGCCAUGCUGGCCACUGUGGUGGACCAGUUCAGCUCCGGGUUUAUAAGCCAGAACGACCGCAGGUUCGCCAUCAAGCUGCUGGAGGACGUGGUUUUCUUCGUGGCCGAUGUCUCUAACAGCGGCCAGCCAGUCCUGGACGUGGUCAUGUCCAAACCCAACAGAGAGCGGCAGAAACUGAUGAGAGAGCAGAACAUCCUGAAGCAGAUCUUCGGCAUCCUAAAGGCUCCCUUCAAGGACCGAGGGGAGGAUGAGGGACCUCUGCUGCAUCUGGAAGAGCUGGCCGACCAGAAGAACGCCCCUUAUCAGUACAUGUUCCGGCUCUGCUACCGAGUCCUGAGACAUUCCCAGGACGACUACCGCAAGAACCAGGAGCACAUAGCCAAGCAGUUUGGAGUAAUGCAGAGUCAGAUUGGGUACGACAUCCUGGCUGAAGACACCAUCACUGCUCUGCUUCAUAACAACCGAAAGCUGCUGGAGAAGCACAUCACCAAGACCGAGGUGGAGACCUUCGUCAGCCUGGUGCGCAAGAACCGAGAGCCCAGGUUUCUGGAUUACCUCUCUGACCUUUGUGUGUCCAACAACGUGGCCAUCCCCGUCACCCAGGAACUGAUCUGUAAAUGUGUGCUGGAUCCCAAAAACCAGGACAUCCUCAUCAAGACAGAGCGGCGUUUGUCCAAAGAGGCGCCCCCUGGAGGCGUUCGGGGAGAAUUCCUGGGCAUGGAUGACUAUGGAGACGAAGAUGAGGUCUGGCUGAUGUGGACGGAUAAAACCUUUGAGAAACAGGAGAAGAGCAUCAGGCAGCUGGCCCAGGAAGCAAGACAAGGAAACGCUCACGAUGAGAACGUCCUCACCUACUACAGGUACCAGCUGAAGCUUUUCGCCCGGAUGUGCCUGGACCGCCAGUAUCUGGCUAUAGACGAGAUAUCAAAGCAGUUGGACGUGGAGUUGAUUUUCCUCUGCAUGAUGGAUGAGACGCUGCCCUUUGACCUGCGCGCCUCUUUCUGCCGCCUCAUGUUGCACGCCCACGUAGACCGAGACCCUCAAGAACUGGUGACCCCCGUCAAGUUUGCAAGGCUGUGGACCGAGAUUCCCACCUCCAUCACCAUCAAAGAUUACGAUUCAAACCUGGACGACAGCAGAGACAACAAGAAGAACCGUUUUGCUAACACCAUGGUGUUCAUGGAGGAGUAUCUCAACAACGUCCUGAACGAUGAGCUGCCCUUCCACAACGAGGAGAAAAACAAACUCACAUACGAGGUGGUGAGCUUAGCCAGGCACCUGAUAUACUUUGGUUUCUACAGUUUCUUUGAGCUGCUCAGACUGACACGGACUCUCCUAGGCAUCAUUGACUGCAGGCCAAACCCUGCACACGCCAACCUGCCCUUUCAAGAGGAAGGAUCAGGCAGGAACGUACGGAGAACCAUACAUGGGAUGGGUCAGAUGAUGUCCACCAUGGUCCUCAACCGGCGACAGUCCACCUUCGCAGGGGCGGGACCCAGAGGGGCAGGGAUGGGGGCGGGGUUUGUGCUUGAGGGGCAGAGAGGAAGUAAAGACAGCAUUGACAACCUGGACCUGACAGUGAUGGACACCAAACUGAAGAUUCUGGAGAUAUUGCAGUUCAUCCUGAACGUUCGGCUGGACUAUCGCCUCUCCUUCCUGCUGUCCGUCUUUAAAAAGGAGUUUGUUGAGGUUUAUCCCAUGGCUGAAGCUGAUGCCACCACCAACAUGGAGCUGGCAGCUACCAUCAACCUGCAGCAGAUCGGAGACCAAGCUGAGGCCAUGUUCGGCGUUGGGAAGGUCAACAGCAUCCUGGAGGUGGAUGACGAAGGAGGCCGCAUGUUCCUAAGAGUCUUAGUCCAUCUCACCAUGCACAACUAUGCUCCUCUGGUGUCUGGAGCUCUGCAGCUGCUCUUCAGGCACUUCAGCCAGAGGCAGGAGGUGCUGCACACCUUCAAACAGGUCCAGCUUCUGAUCUCAGCUCAGGAUGUGGAGAACUAUAAGCUAAUCAAGGCCGACCUGGAUCGCCUCAGGACUCUGGUGGAGAAGUCUGAGCUGUGGGUGGAGAAAAAGGGCCUGAGUGGAGGAGAGGGGAAGAAAGACAAGAAGGACAAGAAGGAAAAGAAGGAGAAAGUGGAGGCAGUGUCGGAGGACCCGUCCCCAAAGAAAGAGAAGAUGCAGAAAGGUAACGAGAACUACCAGAACGUCAAAGAGAUCCUGGAGAGACUGAAUAAGAUGUGCAGCAUUGGGGUUUGGAAGAAGCAGCAGAGGUUACUGAAGAACAUGGGAGCUCAUAAGGUGAUGCUGGACCUGCUGCAGGUUUCCUACGAUAAGAACGACGUGAAGAUGCAGGAGAUCAUCAGAUACACUCAUCAGUUCCUGCAGAAGUUCUGCAUGGGGAACCAGGAGAACCAGGCUCUGCUACACAAGAACCUGAACCUCUUCCUCAACCCUGGGCUGCAGGAGGCUGAGACGGUGCAGCACAUCUUCAGCAACAACUACCAGCUGUGCAGUGAGAUCUCUGAGAGCGUCCUGCAGCAUUUCAUCCACUGCCUGGCGACGCACGGCCGCCACGUCCAGUACCUCAACUUCCUCCACACAAUCAUCAAGGCCGAGGGAAAGUACGUGAAGAAAUGCCAGGACAUGAUCAUGACCGAGCUAACCAACGCAGGCGAGGAUGUGGUCGUUUUCUACAACGACAAAGCUUCCUUCAAUAGCAUGUUGGAGCUGAUGGCCGAGAGCAGGGAGGGCAUCGGAGAGACCAGCCCACUGAGGUACCACAUCUCCCUGGUGGAACUGCUGGCUGCCUGCGCCGAGGGGAAGAACGUCUACACGGAGAUUAAAUGCACCUCGCUGCUGCCGCUGGAGGACGUGGUCCGAGUGGUGACGCACGAGGAUUGCAUCACUGAGGUGAAGGUUGCUUACGUGAAUUUUGUGAACCACUGCUAUGUGGACACUGAGGUGGAGAUGAAGGAGAUCUACACGUCCAACCACAUCUGGAAGCUGUUUGAGGACUUCACGGUGGACAUGGCCCGGGUCUGUAAUAAACGAGAGAAGCGUCUAUCUGACCCCAUCCUGGAGAAGUACAUCAUCAACGUGGUGUUUGACACCAUCAACGCCUUCUUCAGCUCUCCUUUCUCUGAGAACAGCACGUCUCUGCAGACUCAUCACACCAUUGUGAUCCAGCUGCUUCAGUCCUCCGUCAGGCUGCUGGACUGUCCUUGGCUGCAGCAGCAGCACAGAGGACAGGUGGAGACCUGCAUCAAGACGCUGUCCCUGACAGCUAAGAACCGCUCCAUCUCCCUCCCUCUGGAGCUGGAGGCCCAGAUCAACAACCUUCUGUCCAGCUUGGCUCAGGCCACCUUGUCUCGCUCCAACCCCAACUACAAGUCCUCCACCCGUUCUUCCAGAACCAUCACCUCCAGCAACCCCUGGGACUACAAGAACAUCAUUGAGAAGCUGCAGGACAUCAUCAACACCCUGGAGGACCGUCUGAAGCCGCUGGUGAACGCUGAGCUCUCUGUGCUGGUGGAUGUCCUCCAUCAGCCGGAGCUGCUCUUCCUGGAGGGAACGGACGCCCGGCAGCGCUGCGAGUCCGGAGGCUUCAUCUCCAAGCUGAUCCAGCACACCAAGGCGCUGAUGUCAUCAGAGGAGAAGCUGUGCAUCAAAGUCCUGAGGACGCUGCAGGAGAUGCUCAUCAGAACUCUGGACUUUGAUGAAAAGGGAAUGGCGCUGAGGAAAGUUCUGCUGCAGAACUACCUGUUUUCAAACAAGAAAACCAACCAGAAGAACGAGCUGGCUGAACUGGGAGCUGCAGCUGGCGAACAGGAGCGGGACUGGGCGGCGGUGGCGGCCAUCCAGUGCCGUCUGGACCGAGAGGGAGGGACUAAGCUGUUCACAGACCUGGUGAUGAGCUCCAAGAAUGAGAAGAUCUUCCAGGAGAGCAUCCAGCUGGCCAUCUGCCUGCUGGAGGGAGGGAACACGGAGAUCCAGAAUUCCUUCUACAAACUGAUGAUGGGCGACAACAAGUCCGAGAAGUUCUUCAAAGUUCUGCACGACCGGAUGAAAGAAGCUCAGAUGGACAUUAAAGCCACAGUUUCUGUGAAUGUUGGUGAAAUGACGCACAAGGCCAACGAGAAAGAGCUGGAGGCGGGUGGUUCCACAUCAAUGGUUCUUCCUGGAUCAGGAGGUCACCCUCUGCUGGUGCAGGGCCAGUCUAUCGCCACGGUAACGGGUGCCGCCGCCCUGCCGACUCAGCCGGCUGAGGAGCAGCAGGAGGUGGAGACGGAGAUGGGACCCGCCGUUACCAUCAUGAAGCCCAUCCUGAGGUUCCUGCAGCUGCUGUGUGAAAACCACAACAAUGACCUGCAGAACUUCCUGCGUUCCCAGAAAAAUAAAACCAACUAUAACUUGGUGUGUGAGACUCUGCAGUUCCUGGAUAUCAUGUGUGGAAGUACCACCGGGGGGCUGGGCCUGCUGGGCCUCUACAUCAACGAAUCCAAUGUCCACCUCAUCAUCCAGACCCUGGAGACCCUCACAGAGUACUGCCAGGGCCCCUGCCAGGAGAACCAGACGUGCAUCGUGACCCACGAGUCAAACGGCAUCGACAUCAUCACUGCUCUGAUCCUGAAUGACAUCAGCCCGCUGUGUCGCUACCGGAUGGAGAUGGUUCUGCAGCUCAAGGACAACGCCUCCAAGCUGCUGUUGGCGCUGAUGGAGAGUCGUCAUGACAACGAGAAUGCUGAGAGAAUACUGUUUAACCUGAGGCCCAGAGAACUGGUGGACGUGAUAAAGAAGGCCUACCAGCAGGACAGCGAGUGCGAGGACGUGGAGGUGGAGGUGUCUUCUCGGGAAGUCGGACACAACAUCUACAUCCUGGCUCAGCAGCUGGCGAGACACAGCAAGCUCCUGCAGAACCUCCUGAAACCUCCUAAGAACAGCAAGGAGGGAGAGGAGGGCAUCUCCUCCAUGGUAACCCGCAUCCAACCC